GGAUCUUAGGGCAUUUUAUUCCAGUCAAAAAAAGACAUAUUUCUUUAUUAUUAUUCUCAUUACUUGGACUAUUUCAUAAGGCUCCGUGAACCUCCAUCCAACCCCCGAAAGGUUUGACCAGCGUACUAUCGUUCUCGUCUUUUUAUUUUGCAGGGAAGACUCUUAUUUUCACGUGGUUCGUCUUACUCGUUCUACGGCCACACGCACCUCACCUUUUCCCCACCACCAACAACAAAAAAAAUAUAAAAAUAAUAAUAAAACAACAACAACCUAACCCUUAACACAACGCAAUGUCGUACCCAUUUCAACCCGUUGCUUCUCUCAAAGGCCGCAGCGUGGCCGCCGCCGGGGACUUCAGCCUGGAGGAGAUCGAGGGGCUGAUCGACCUCGCGCUGGCGAUGCGCGGCGCCAUCGCGUCCGGCACGACCCUCGACGUCCUUCGGGGCCGGCUGAUGGUCCCGCUCUUCUUCGAGGACUCCUCGCGGACGCGCUCCAGCUUCUGCGCCGCGAUGUUGCGGCUUGGCGGGCAGGUCUUGGACUUUAAUAUCGAGCGAAGCUCCGUGAACAAGGGCGAAACCCUGCAGGAUACGAUCCGCGCGAUGGAUUCCUACGCCGACGUGAUGGUGCUUCGCCACCCCCAAGUCGAGGCCCUCGCGCAGGCCCUCGCCGUCGCCACCCACCCCAUUCUCAACGCGGGAAACGGCGCCGGCGAGCACCCGAGCCAGUCGCUUUUGGAUCUUUUGACCAUCAAGGCGGACCUCGGCCGGGUUGACGGCCUCACCAUCGCCUUUAUCGGGGAUUUGAAGAUGGGCCGCACGGUGCACUCCCUUCUUCGGCUGCUGUGCGGGAAUUAUAACCUGCGGAAGGUGUAUUUGAUCGCCCCGGAGGGGCUGGAGAUGCCGGAGGCGGUCCUGGACAGCGUCGCCGCGAGCCUGAAGGAACGCGGGAUCGCGCUGGAGUCGCGCACGGCGCUCGCCGCUGCGGUUGUCGCGGACUGCGAUGUGUUGUACUGCACGCGCCUGCAAAAAGAGCGCUUCGCCUCGGCCGAGGCGGGGGAUGCCCGGUCGUUGGCCGCGUUUGAGGCCGCCAAGGAGGGCAUUCGCGUGGACCGGGCGCGGAUGCGGGACGCCAAAAAGGACAUGAUCGUCAUGCACCCUCUUCCACGGGUCGAUGAGCUCUCCACCGACAUCGACGACGACCCCCGCGCCGCGUACUUUCGACAGAUGCAAAAUGGGCUUUAUAUGCGCAUGGCUCUCUUAUAUAGUAUUCUGGUUUGA